AUGGAUAAUAAUGACAUUGAACAUUUAAUUACUUUGACAGGUGAACAGUUUUAUCAACAUAUAGAAGAGAUAUAUGGAAAACUAGUUAUGAAAAUUUUACGAUAUCACGAUGUGGAUAGUUACAAAGUUUUAAAUCAAGUUAGUCAACAGGAACUGAUUGAAUUAUUUGAAAAACCUGAUGAUGAAAAUUGUACCGAUGAAUUAAUGAACUUGAAAAAAGAAAUCUGCACCAUAUCCCAGUAUUCCACAUCAUUAAAAGUUGGAACACGGAAAAAACUCAUCUCAUUAUUAAAAUCAGCUCAAAAUAUUAUUAAGAAAAAAAGAUUUCAAUUACGUUCUGAAGCAAGAUUGAGUCGAGUCAAUCAAUAUCGAUCGACGUCAUCAUCAACCGAUGACAACAAUAUUGCCAUUGAUAAUAAUUUUGAAAAAUAUCAAAAAUCAAUCGAAGAAUCUAUCGAUAAAUUAUUGAUCAAAAUGGAUAGAAGCAUUCAUGGUUCUGUAUUUACAAAUGUAUCAGUGAAAAACUUUCAAAUUUUUGUGGACCAUAACAACGAAUUACUUACACCAACUUGUUCCAUACAAUGUGUUUGUAAUGAUCGUAUUAGAUUGUACUACAAAAGCCAACAUUUUCAAUUAUCAAAUUUAAUAAAACAUCUAAAUUCCAAUAGAAAAAAUCAAAUACCUAGUACCGGUAAUGAAGAUGAAGAAUUAGGAGAACCACAGCUACCAAGUGGUAGUCAAUGUUCAAAAAAAGAAAGUACUCGAUCAAUCAAUAACACUAGUUUAGAUACAUCUACAUUUGAUGAUACUAUCAAUGAUGAUACACCAAUACCAAUAAGACCAAAACAAACACAAAGUGGAAAUUCUGGUGUAGUUCCGAAAAGUAAUCGUUACGGUAAUGCAACUGUUGGUUCAUCAAAAAAUCGACAAAGUGGACAAACAUCAAAUCGUAUGGCUCCCGACGAAGGUGAAACACAUAGUUCAAUUUCGAUUCUUUCAUCAAUAAAUAAAAACAAGAUUUUAUGGGGUAAAUUCGAUCCUUCUGAUAUUUUAUCUGUAUUACUUGAAACAAUUCACUUGAAUUCAAAUCGAACACCGAACAAUUAUCGAUACGGAAAUGCUGUUUUAAGAUUUGCUGCCUGCAUCCUUAUACUUGCUGGUGCUUAUGUGUACCAAUUUCUUCGAUUUAACUUCAAGUAUCUUUUACCAUCAAUUCAAACAGUCAACACUGUUUAUAAAGAAAAUCCGUAUCGUGAAGCUCAAUUUCGAUUUAAUGAAUCAAAGGUUUACCUUGAUUCCAUGGAUUGUCAAUAUGUUUUCUUAUCCGAGGACUGUUCAGGGAUUAUCCCAAGAGUUGAAUAUGACUCAACUUUUGAUUGUUUUAAUGGAUUUGUUACACCGAUUAUAAAAGGCAAACCAAUCGAAAAUGCUUUUAUUUGUCAAUCAUUCGAAGAAUUACAAGAUUUAUUUGAUAAUCAUUCACGUUCUAAUCUCGUAAAUGUACAUGCACUUCAGCCAAUAUCGAAUACUAAUUGUUUUAAACCAUCAGCAACAGUGCUUGCUGCCUAUGGCACUGAUUGUAAAAUUUCGUCUAUCGAUAUAAUACAACGAUGGCUAAUGAUGUACUUCGAAUUACGUUCAAGAAAUAUUUUUGUCUUAGGCGUAUCCACAGAUGGGGACCCGAAAUACCUCCGCGCUAUGCGGUUGGCUUAUAACUUUUUCGUAAAAGAUCGAACAAUACAUAUUUAUAAUGACAAAUUAUCAUUCACAAUUGAUAUACCAUUUGCUUGGUGUUCAUGGUAUUUUCUUCAUCCUACUCAAUUGUUUCUAUUCUUACAAGAUGGCAUACAUCUUUGUAAUAAGAUGCGUAAUCGUCUUUUGUCUCCAAAAGUUUGUCUUCGUACAGGAUCAUUUAAAAUAACAGUCGAACAUUUAUAUCAAUUAAUUGAAUCAACCAAUAAGGUUGAUAGUAAUUUAUCUAAAUCUGAUUUAAGACCGUGUGAAGCCAUUUUUCGAGAUGCACGUGCUCUGUCAGGUGUAUAUUCUACGAGAAUCAACUUUACUAUAAAACAAUUUUUACAAAGAAUCAAUAAAUUAAAUGCAUUAACGGAAAUAAAACAGUUCGAAUCAAAUAAUAAACAAGCAAAAAUCGUUUUUCCUGUUCAUCACAAGAUCAAGCGUAUAAAUGAAUACAAUGAAUCUAAUAAUAUCACUGAAGAUACUGAUUUUAGUUCGGAACACAUCGAAGAAAUUAUUCUUCGUGCUUAUGAAACAGCACAAGAGAUGGUCGAAUCUGUAGGAAUGCAUAAAGAUUUGAUCAAGUAUAAAAUUUACAACAUAGAAGAAUCAUCGAAAAUGGCAAAAGAUUUAUUACAAAUGAAUACAUUAACUGAAUCUGAAAUUCUUCUUCUUGAUGGUCGUGAUGAUGAAUGCAGCGAUGAAGAAGAUGCAUUCAUCGCAGAAGAUGGAGAAGAAGAAGAAGAAGGAGAAGAAGAGGAAGAAGAAGAAGAAGGAGAAGAAGAAGAAAAAAAAGAAGAAAAAGAAGAAGAUGUUGAAGAUGAUAAUAAUGAAUCUCAAUAUAUUCAGACAGUCAAUGGUAAUGAUGAAGAUGGUAUUGAGGAUUCAAUUGGAAUUGCUUAUAAUGAUUAUCCAUCGGAAGAUGAUCGACCAUCAACAUCUACUUUCGAAAAUGUACAAUCUACAUCAUAUUCAGGUGUUUAUCAAAAACAUUAUCUUCUAAAAGAUGUAUCAGUAGAGUUUAUAUAG